UUUCUCAACGGUCAUUCUAUAGCUAACAUGUGUUGUUUGUCUACACUGUACAGACAGUUCACGUCCCGACCGCGCUCCGAAUAGACAGGUAUCUUUUUUUAAAGUAAUUUUUUUUUUGUACAUUUAAACAUGAAAAACUCGGUUCUGCCGGCCGUCGCCGUGGUUGUUUUGGUGAUCUCAAAUAACGUCAGCUGGGGCGUUGUUAAUGGAAGCCAGGGCGAAAACGACGACCUGAGAGGUACAAUCGAGAAGAAGUUAGGCGCGUUGGGUAACUUGUCAAACAUGGAACAACGAAUCAACUCUUCCAUACCGGAGACGGCUCUGGAAGACAGUGAGAAAUUGUUCAGAGAAAAAUGCCUGAGAAACGGCAAAGACAACAACUCGUACGGACUAGCCGUGGAAGCCAAAGAACGAUUUCAACUGUGCGUACAAUCGUUGGUCAACGUUAAAGAACUGAAAAAAGAGAUCGACGAGGCCAAACCCAAAGGCGACAUAGACUUGGUUUUCAAGAAGUACUGCAAGAAGUCGCCGGACUUCAAGAGCUGCGUGUCGAACUUCGCGUCCGCCGUGGAAGUCUGCCUGGACGAUGGCGAAAAAGCUACCAAGAACACUCUGCUGACCGUUACCGACGCUCUGUUGGAGUUCGUUUGCUACGACGAGGGCGAUCGCAUAGCGCUGUUCUACUCGGAAAGCGGACCCGAAUGUCUGAUGGGCAAACAAGAUGGCAUUCAACGCUGUCUGAACGCCACGUUCAGCAAGUACACCGCCAACAACGACUUGCCACCGUUCAAAUUCGAACGAGACCAGUGCAAGAGCAUGGCGGACCUUCAGUUGUGCGUAGAUGCGCAUUUGACGAAAUGCAGUAAUCUCACACCGUCCAAUAUGGUCGAGUCGUUGUUUAAGUUCAUCCGUCGGUCAACGCCUUGCUCGCAACUGAAGAAUUAAUUGUAAUCCGCACAUUUGCCGUUAGGUCAAUAAUCAUUACACUUGGUGAGGUAAACCAAUCUAUCGCUAUGAUACACGUCUUUGUCGUUUUCCAGUAAAUAAUAUUCAAAGAUUGCGUGUUGCCUUACCUGAAAAUUGAUAACUUGAUUUAGGAUAAUUUUUUUUUUUUUGUUAAAGAAUUGCAAUUUCGUUGUACAAAUCAAUUAAUAUUGAAUUGUAAUAUUAAUAUAACGCUUAAAGCGAUUUUAAAUAGGGUGUUCACCAUUGUUGUAUUUGUUAGUAGUUUUGUGAUAUUUGUAUAUUUUAUAGGUUAAUCAAUAGAGAAAAAUUCUUGUAUAAAAAUAUGGUCAUUCAUUUAGUUUUACAAAAUUCAUUCCAGUUAUCAACAUACUUAUUUUUAUGUGGUAGAAUAGCCAUA